GCAAUGUUUACUUUAUGCGGGCAUGUGCUUCUACCUGUGCCUCUUCGCAUUUCUUAUCGCUCAUGAAGUCGUGAAGUGACGCGUGGUCUUCAAAAUUUUCUGGUUCAGCGCUGGCCAAAUUCGUUUGAGUUAACUCGACCAGAAAGCAAAAAUGGCAUCAAAAGAUAUUGACUAUCACGGCACUGGUGGAAUCGAAUCUAACCCUGCUGAUUUCAGGAUCACCCUCUCUUCCAAGUCUGUGAAAAGCUUAGAGAAAGUGAGCCAUGAUUUGAUCGAAGAAAUCAAGAAACUCAAUUUGCGGUACAAGGGCCCCAUCCGCGUUCCAACCAAGACCCUGCGUAUCACAACACGUAAAACACCUUGUGGUGAGGGGUCAAAGACUUGGGACAGGUUCCAGAUGAGAAUCCACAAGAGGUUCAUUGACACCAAGUGUGUUGCUGAUCAAAUUAAAUUGAUCACCUCUAUCUACAUUGAACCUGAUGUAGACGUCCUCGUUACUAUGUAAUGACUUUUAUACUGACCGUUGUUUAUUUUUUAUUUCAUAAGAACAAUACAUUUUUAAUGAAAUAGUC